AUUGACACACUCGAAUCGAAUGAAAAAAUUAUCUCAGAAUUAUGGUUUGAGACGAUGAAUUGUGUGGUGUGUUAAUAAUAUGGCUGAUUUAGUCGUGAAACUUUUGGGGCUGCUAUGUUUCACACAAAGUGCAUUCGUGUUCAGCUCUGUGAUCAUCGAGAAAAGUGAUGGGCCAAUCGUAAAGUCCCAUUCACAUGCAAAAUUCACUAUUGAAGAAUUGUUAACGAGAGUUUUUCCCAAAAAGACAUCAUCGGAUAUUGAUUUGGAUCCAUGUAAAGCAGGUGGAUUUCUAGGUGACAUAGCUAUACCUCUAACGGAGCCAAAACCAAAAUUCAAACAUAGUGAUUUCCAGCAAGAAAUUGAAAGAUAUAAACAAGAUAUUCUCGAUGGCUUGCAGAUUGAGGAAGAAGGUCUUACAGACAUUCUUCGAAAAAAAGCAAAGCAAGCUUCAAGCGUAGUCACCAAUGACUACAAUGAUCCUUAUGGAAAUAUGCACAUACCUCUAGAUUCUAAGAAUAGCCAAGUACUGAAAUCCUACACUGUUGUUUCGGAUCUUCCCAUCAAAACAAUUAAUGAUACAAAUACAAAUGGUUACAGUAACCAGAAGAAAUAUUCCACGAAUGAGAAAGAAUUUGUGGGCAAGGAUGUGAAAGAGGAGAAACAAAGAACUGAUUUAAGAAUAAGAAGAAAGAGACAGGGACUUUCAGAAAAAACAUCUGACUGGUCAGGCAAUAUGGUACCCAAUGAAGCGCCAAUUCAUGAAUUCGAACCGAAUUUCGAUCUCAAGAGGAAGACUACCGUUUCUUACGACAAAAAUAAAAUUGUCCAUAGAAUGACCAGGGCGGCCACCGCAAGACGGGAGAGGGUAUGGGACCACGGAGUUAUCCCUUAUGAAAUUGAUGGUAAUUUCAGCGGCAUGCACAAAGCUCUUUUCAAGCAGGCCAUGAGACAUUGGGAAAAUUUCACGUGCAUAAAAUUUGUGGAAAGAAAUCGAGAUGAACAUCAGAACUACAUAAUAUUUACUGAACGGCCAUGUGGAUGUUGUUCAUUUGUUGGGAAAAGAGGAAACGGUGGUCAGGCAAUCAGUAUAGGAAAGAACUGUGAUAAAUUUGGAAUCAUAGUGCAUGAACUUGGACACGUUGUGGGAUUUUGGCAUGAACACACCAGACCUGAUAGAGAUAAACAUGUUAAUAUAAUUAGGGAGAAUAUAAUGAGUGGUCAAGAAUAUAACUUCAAUAAGCUCAACGAGGACGAAGUGAAUUCUUUAGGGCUCACUUAUGAUUAUGACUCGAUUAUGCAUUAUGCGAGAAAUACAUUCUCGAAGGGUACAUAUCUGGAUACCAUCCAACCUAUUGAUAUGCCAGGUCGAAAAAGGCCUGAAAUCGGACAAAGGAUACGAUUGAGUGAAGGAGAUAUAGCCCAGACGAACCUUCUAUACAAGUGUUCAAAAUGUGGUCGUACAUAUCAAACGAAUUCAGGUAGCUUCAGCCCUCCAACGUAUAAAGAGAACCCCCCAGAAGAGGGUGUGAGGUGUGAAUGGCGAAUAACAGCGACGCACGGUGAAAGAAUCGUGCUCAAUAUAACCAAUCUGGACAUUGAGAAGUCUCCCGAUUGUCAAGCUGACUUCAUCGAAGUACGAGAUGGAUACUGGUACAAGUCUCAGAUCCUUGGAUUGUUCUGCGGAAGUGGGCAAUACCAUCAUAUCGUUUCUACCGGUAGCCGAAUGCUCGUGACUUAUGUGGCAAAGAACGCAAAGGGCAGAAAAGGAUUCACAGCCAACUAUGAGGCCAUAUGCGGAGGAGACCUUUUCAUAGAUUCCGAAGGUCACCUCGAAUCGCCAAACUAUCCAGAAGAAUAUCAACCGAAUAAAGAAUGUAUAUGGAGGAUAACUGUUCCAGAAAACCAUCAGGUGGCUCUACGAUUCCAGUCUUUCGAUAUAGAAAACCAUGACAGUUGUGUAUAUGACUACGUGGAAAUAAGAGAUGGAGUAACUUUGACUAGUCCAAUAAUCAAAGUGCAUUGUGGACAUAAGAUUCCACCAGAUGUAAUUUCGACUAGUAAUAAAAUGCUAGUAAAAUUUGUGUCUGAUGGCUCUGUUCAAAAAGGUGGAUUUUCUGCAAACAUAAUGAAAGAGUAUGACGAAUGUUCUACUAUAGCUCACGGGUGUCAGCAGGAAUGCGUCAAUACAUUAGGUAGUUAUGUUUGCAGUUGUAAAAUCGGAUUUGAGCUCCAUUCGGAUGGUAAAAAUUGUGAAGAUGCCUGUGGUGGAGUGUACGAUGCCGUAACAGGAACUAUAACUUCUCCAUCAUUCCCAGAUUAUUACCCACUGAAUAAAAAUUGCAUAUGGGAAAUAGUGGCUGAACAACAAUACAAAAUUACAAUCAAUUUCACUCAUUUUGAUUUGGAAGGCAACCUUAACUCUCCGCAACAGCAAUGCGAAUAUGAUAGAGUCGAAGUUUACAGCAAGUUGAAAGAGGGAAAGCUUAAAAAGCAUGGAUCCUAUUGUGGUCCCAAAGCACCUGGAUUGAUAACCUCAGAUGGAAAUGUGAUGCGUAUUGUAUUCUACUCAGAUUCCAGCGUACAGAAAUCAGGAUUUGCUGGGAUUUAUUUCACAGAUAUGGACGAGUGUGCAGUCAAUCAUGGUGGUUGUCAACACGACUGUUUGAACACUCUAGGAUCAUACGUUUGCACUUGCCACAACGGCUACACCCUUCAUGAAAACGGACACGAUUGCAAGGAAGGCGGUUGCAAACAUGAGAUGUCCAACCCUUACGGUACUUUAACAAGUCCAAACUAUCCAGAAUAUUAUCCAGCCAGGAAAGAUUGUGUCUGGCACUUCACAACGACCCCCGGGCACAGAAUCAGAAUAUCUUUUCAGUUCUUCGAACUGGAGCCUCAUCAGGAAUGCUCUUACGAUCACGUCGAUUUCUAUGACGGCCCUUCUCCUGAGGCUCCUUCUUUGGGAAGGUUCUGCGGUUCGAAGAUACCACAUCUCAUAAUAUCUUCCGGCAAUCAGUUGUAUAUGACGUUUAGAUCGGAUGCUUCGGUUCAAAGGAUUGGAUUCUGGGCGACACACUCCACUGUUUGCGGGGGAAUGCUGGACGCUACAUUUGAAAAACAACAUAUUUAUUCUCACGCAAAAUUUGGUAGUACGAGUUAUGGACUCCGAGAAGACUGCGAUUGGACGAUCGAGGCAAGAGGGGGCUACAAUGUUAAACUGUCUUUUCUCACAUUCGAUAUUGAAGAUGAAAAGGAUUGUGGGUACGAUUAUGUUGAAAUUUUCAGUGGUUUGGAUUCGAGUGGACCGUCCUAUGGAAAGUAUUGUGGAACAAAGAAACCUUUCGACAUUAUUUCCACUCAUGGUGCAUUAUUGGUGAGAUUCAGAACAGAUGAUACUCUGGUUGGUAAAGGUUUCAGUCUUGUUUAUGAAGCAGUGGAGAUGUCCAAUAGUGAAGAAGAAAUGUGAGCUGAGCUGAUCUGAUUUGAAAUUGUUUAACUUACCACUGUGCUUUUCAGAAAGUUGUAUUAUUCAAAACUGUAAUUGCACAAGAUCGUCUUUUCAUUGUAUUGCCAUUUUGUAUUGAUUGAAAUGACCUAUUUUUACCUAUCUUGUAAAGAAAUCGGCCACAAUUGAAUUGUACAAAUGAAUAAGGUUAAAUAUGGCAUUUUUGUGAGAUAUUUACUCGAAUUUUUGUAAUGUUAUAGGUAACGUUAAGUGAAUAAAUAUCAACAACUGUCUCCCUUGAA